CUAAAGACCCCCCACACACGAACAGACACCAGUCUACCAGUCCUGGCUGAAGUCUCACAAUGAGGAUGUUGAUGUUAACAGCUCUAUUUACAUACUGCUUCCUGCAGCUAACUGCUGGAAUGAGCGUGGGUGAUUUCAUGCAAGGGUCCAAAAGAGAAGCAAGGGAGGUAAGAGAACCAAUACCUAUUGACUGUAAAAUGACAGCUUGGACUGUGUGGGCGCCCUGUGACCCUUGCACUAAAACCAUGCAUCGUUCCAGGGGUAUUGAAAUAUUUGGGCAGUUUGGAGGUCAAAGAUGUAUACAACCCAUUGGAGAAAAAAAACCCUGCAAACCAACGACUCAAUGUGUGGAAGAUCCACUACCUGUUUGCUCCACAAAUGAGUUCCUCUGCGAAUCAGGCUUCUGUAUUAAAAAGCGGCUGGUCUGCAAUGGGGACAAUGACUGUGAUGACUCAACUGAUGAGGAUGAGUGUGAUAAGAUCCGCUCUCCAUGUGGCAAUGUGGCCGUGUCUGAGUCAGACAUCGGUCUGGAUGCAGGAUACGGCAUCAACAUUCUAGGCACAGGCCCUCGCAUGAACCCAUUUAAUAACAAAGUAUAUAAAGGAAUAUGUGACCGUGUCAAGGAGCCAUCCACAUUGAGCUACAACAGGCUGCCCUGGAAUGUUGCUGUCAUUAACUAUGAGACAUUAGUAGAAGAGACUACUUCUAAAGAGGUCUACAAAGACACUCACUCACUGCUGAGUGAAAUCACCCAAGAUAUCACUUCCAAAACAAGCAUAGGAUUAUCCUUCAAGUUCACACCUACUGACUCAUCUGCUCAGAAUAAUUUAACACAACCUGUGAGUGUCACAGCUGGAUUUGACAGAGGGACUGAAAAGAGAGAAAUGAUCAAAACUAUCACAGAACACAGCACCACUAAGGAAAAGUCCUUCUUCAGAGUGAAGGGCAAAGUGCAACUAGGCACAUAUAGAAUGAGGUCUCGAGGUCUGGAGGUCUCUCAGUUAUUCUUGGAUGACGUAGAUGCACUGCCUUUAGAAUAUGAGAAGGGACAGUAUUUUGGCUUCUUGGAGGAUUACGGGACUCAUUACACCAAGAAUGGAAGAGUUGGGGGAGAAUAUGAACUUGUAUACGUCCUCAAUAAUAAAGCAAUCACAGACAAGAAGAAGACAGAAUCUUUGCUGAAGGACUGCUUGAAAAUUGGGAUUAACCUAAAUUUCCAGGUCACUGGAGGUCUAGAUCCAGGCACAGUCAAUUCAGACAAAUGUACAGAGCUGAAACAUGAUUACACAGUGGCAGAUGAAAGUGAGCCACUGAUUGAUAAGGUGAUCAGUGCAGUGAAGGGAGGCUCCCCAAAAUCAGCAGCGGCCAUGAAGUCUGGGCUCAGUAAAGACAUUGUGCUAGACUGGAGUCAUUAUGUGGAGUGGGCAGCGACACUCUCAGACCUGCCUGCGCUCAUCCACAGUGACCCUGAGCCCAUCUACAAUGCGAUCCCUCUGAACUUCCCUGAUGCCCAACCAAGGAGGGAGAACUUGCAGAGGGCCUUGAAUGAAUACAUGGCAGAGUACAGUGUGUGUAAGUGCCAGCCAUGCCAGAAUGGUGGCACUGUGGCCCAGGUAGAUGGCAAUUGCAUAUGCCUGUGCCCAUUGCACUUUGAAGGCCUUGCCUGCCAGACCAUCCGUCAUGAACUAAUUAAAGACAAAGACCAGCCCAUAGAACAGCUGGGGAACUGGGGCUGCUGGUCUUCCUGGUCUAGCUGCAGUGGAGGACGUCAGAGCCGUACUCGUUCCUGUAAAACUGGUGGCAUUGCAGGAGUUACCUGCAAAGGAGACUCAGUCAGCGAGGAAUAUUGUUAAUGCUGUGUGGGCUCACACAUACACACACACACACACACACACACACACACACACACACACACACACACACACACUCAC